AUGAACGUACCAGGCAAUGUCAGAUUAAAAGAUUUAGCGAAGCAGUUUGUUGAGAGAAGCAAUCAAAAAUUUGUUGAAAAUUUAAACAACUGCAGAAUAUUCGGUCACAGUUUAGCAAAUCAGAUUGUACAAUCCAUGUUGACGUUGAGAACUUUUUGUCUGCACCACAAAAUAAAAAAUUCAGAUCAAAUAACGAAGAGAGUUACAAAUGUUAGUUUCAAGUUUUAUAUGAAGAGAAAAACUUUAAAUGAUCAUAGUAAUCGUAAAAUGUAA